AUGCUGGUCCUAUUCGCUGCUUUUCUCGCCGUGCUGGCUCUCUGGAAGCCAAUCUCAGCCACCGUUAUUGAGAACCGUAACAUCGAUAAGGCUGCAAUCGACAAGCGCGGCAUCGGCUGGCUUGUUGACUACUGCGACGAUGACUGGAACAUCGGCCCCAAUACCUACUUCCACGCGAACUGCACCAGGGGUGGCGACAAGCGCGAGCCCAUGUACAUCGAACUCGAUAAAUGUUUCACUGUCGACUCUCAGGGCCGACUGGCUGUGGACAACUGGCGCAAAGGCGGUAUGAAGGACAAAUGCGACAGCUGCUCCCGAUGCGGCGAUCUUGACCUAGACGCCUGCCUGAUGUGCCGUUGUCAGCGUGAGGACGGCAGUCGCGGCUGGACCAAGAUGGACAUGGAUGGUCCGCUCUUCGUCAGUCAGAAAGACAAUGCAAUCUGCUGCGGCGAUUGGUGGGGCGGCCCUUACUGCGGCCAGAGAGGUUUCCCGCCUUCCAGCUAA